CUUUAUUUACCCUUUUUUUUUCACUAACAAACAAUGUCAGAAUCUACUGUAAAAACAACAUCCACUGUAUCCGGUGAACUUCCAGUUGGAAAAGAUGGUAAACCACUUAAGCCUUGCUGCGCUUGUCCUGAAACGAAAAAAGCUCGUGAUGAAUGUAUUUUUAGAAAAGGGGAGGAAAACUGUCAAGAAUUAAUUCAAGCACAUUUGACUUGUAUGCGUAAUUUAGGCUUCAAAAUAUAGAUAAUUUUAUUUUAUCUUUGUAUUAUAGAAAAACUCAGCCUCGUUUUGUAUAUUUACACCCAUUAAUUUAAGAAGUGCAAUGUCCAUCUGUCUUUCUGUCUCAUCUAAACCAUUAUCACCCAUAUAUUCCACUAUGUUAUUUUCUGUUUCAUAAAUCUUAACUUUAUAUAAUUGAGCUGAAUUGGAUCUCCAAUUUUCAUUUCUUAAAAAAUGAUAUUGGAAAUUCCACCAAAUAAAAACUGCCAGAUUUUCAGUUGUACU